CCCUCCUCCUGGGCGGGGACAAGUCAAGAGUUGGGGCUGCCUCGUGGCAGAGCUCCCUGCGAGCAGCAGCAGCAGCAGCAGCAGCAGCAGCAGCAGCACCAGCACCAGCACCAACAGCACCGGCAGCACCGGCAGCACCGGCAGCACCAUGGGAAGGAAGUCUCUGGGGCUCCUCAUUGCUUGUGCCCUCCUGGCCCACUCCCUGUACACUCCGCUCCCAGAGAACAUCGAGCAGUCAUGGAGACUGAUGCUGACCUGCGCCUUCCUCAGGAUCCAAACGCAUCUGGCACCACUUUUGGAGAUGCUGGGAUUUAGACCUUUGCUGUUGUUGGAAGCCCUUGCAGUGCCACCAACCUCGGAUGAAAACGUCACCGUGGCAGAGACCCUGUUCAACAACGUUCCAGUCCGCGUCUUUGUGCCAAAGCAGAAGUCAUCCACGCUGAGGAGGGCUGUGUUUUAUAUUCAUGGUGGUGGCUGGGCCACAGGAAGUGCUGCCUGGGCCCCUUAUGAUGAGCUGGGAAGACAGAUGGUGGAGAAUCUGGAUGCUGUGGUCGUAUCAACUAACUACAGACUGUCACCCCAGUAUCACUUCCCAACCCAGUUUGAAGAUGUAUAUGAUGCUUUGAGGUGGUUCUUGAGGAAGAAAGUCCUUGCUGAGUAUGGUGUGGAUCCCACCCGCAUCUGUAUUGCAGGAGACAGUGCUGGGGGGAAUUUAGCCGCAGCUGUGAACCAGAAGCUCCUGGAUGACCCAGAAAUCAAGAUCAAAGUCAAGAUUCAGUCUUUAAUUUAUCCUGCUCUUCAGGGCCUUGAUAUGGACUUACCAUCUUAUAGAGAAAAUGGCCAUCUGCCAUUCCUGACAAAGCACCAAAUGGUUGUGUUUUGGAGCAGAUAUUUCACCUCAGAUGAGGCAUUAGAAGAAGCCAUGGCUGCCAACAAACAUACACCUGUGGAUUCCAGCCAUCUCUUCAAGUUUGUUAACUGGAGUACCCUGCUGCCUGAGAGGUUCAAAAAAGGACAUGUGUAUACCAGCCCAAUUCAUGGACCCUCUGACCUUGCAAAAAAGUACCCAGGAUUCCUGGAUGUCCGAGCAUCCCCCCUAUUAGCUGAUGAUUCUACAUUACGGCGUUCACCCUUGACUCAUAUCCUCACCUGUCAGUAUGAUGUCUUAAGAGAUGAUGGACUCAUGUACCUCUCCCGCCUCAGGGCUGCAGGUGUCCAGGUAGUCCAUGAGCACGUGGAAGAUGGGUUCCAUGGAAUCCUGUCAUUUGGCAGCCCAGUAAUUAAUCUUAAAGCAGGUCUUAGGGUAGUGAACAAGUAUCUGAAGUGGCUAAAGGAAAAUCUCUAGCAAUGAUUCAGAUGAUCCAUUCAACCAAGGGCCAGUCCCUUCACUGUACAAAUCACAGUAUGCCUCCUGGCAGGAGGUGGGUGGCUUGGAAGGGGUUUAUACAGGACUAAGACAUGGUUCUUUAUCCUACAGAGAUCAGAUUUGUGCACAAAGAGUUGUGAUAUGAAAGGAGAGAAACCAUAUACAUUGACACAUUACCAAAUCAAAAGUCCUAAGUGUUUUGGAAAAAGUAAAAUGGUAAGAAGGUAAAAUGAGAUCAAGAGGAUCCAAAGGAUGCUCAGUAGAGCUCCUCUCUCUGCCCUGAGCAUCCAACAUACACUCCCAAUGCUUACAGCACAUGUCAACUUGAUGUCCAAAGAAGAAAAUGUAAAACAAUCUUGUCAACCCUAAAACACUAUAAAUGUCAAUGGACGUUGUAGUUGUGAGUUUUUGUUAUUUUACUGUUACCAGCCCCUCUAAUACACUUGGUCCUAAAAUACAAUCCUUGUCCUUUCCUCUAUAGGCCUGCUUGAAUUUCCAUAUUCCCUCUUUCUAUGGAUGCCCACCAAGGUCCAAAAUAUCAAGUCAGAAUUGGCUCUUCCUUCUUCGAUUUCUCACCACCAUUCACACAGUUGCCCAGUUCUUCUGUUUCUGCCUCUUCAUCUAUUGCCACUAGCUCCUCUUCCUUUAAUUCACUACCACCAUUUGAGUCAGUCCUUCACUGACUUCCAUCUGGACUAUUGCUAUACUGCUCCUUCUAUUUUCUCUGCCUGCAGUGGCUCCUCUCUGUAAUCUAUUCUUUUUAGCUUCCACCAAGCUUAUUUUUUAUUUAACAAAUGAUGUCAUCCUUUUUUUUUUCCAGAGGAUAACAUUUUCCUGUUAAGAGGAGAAGGUAAUUUUUGCCAUCCCCACCCCAUUGUAUGCAAAAUACAACACUCAUUCUUACUGAAAACACUAGAAAGUAUAGGAAUAGAAGGGUCGUUCCUAAAAAUAAUAAGCAGUAUUUAUUUAAAACCAGCAGCAAGUAUCAUCUGCAAUGGGGAUAAACUCGAAGCCUUCCCAAUAAGAUCAGGAGUGAAACAAGGAUGCCCAUUAUCACCUCUAUUAUUUGACAUUGUACUAGAAACACUAGCUGUAGCAAUUACAGAAUAAGAAUAAAUUGAAGGCAUUAAAAUUGGCAAUGAAGAGACCAAGCUCUCACUCUUUGCGGAUGACAUGAUGGUCUACUUAAAGAAUCCUAGAGAAUCAAUCAAAAAGCUAUUGGAAAUAAUCAACAACUUUAGCAAAGUGGCAGGAUACAAAAUAAACCCACAUAAGCCAUCAGCAUUUCUCUAUAUUUCAAACAAAGCUCAGCAGCAAUAGUUAGAAAGAGAAACUCCAUUUGAAAUCACAAGCCAAUAUUAAAAUACUUGGGGAUCUAUUUGUGAGACAAAUGCAGAAAUUGUAUGAAUAUAAUUGCAACACACUUUUCACACAAUGAAGUUAGAUAUAAACCAUCUGGAAAAACAUUAAUUGCUUGUGGGUUAGUAGUAGUGUCUUUAGAAAUAGAAAGUAGUGGCAGAUUGAAGGGAAAAGAACAAUAUCUAUUUUGUAUGUUGAAUUUGAGAUGGUUCUGAGUCAUCUCAUGGGAAAUAACCAAUAGACCAUGAGCAAUUAAGAUCUACUGUUCAGAGAAGAAUCAAGGACUGGUUAUGUAGAUCUGGGAGCUAUAGGCCUAGAUAUUUGAACUUAGAGGAGUUAAUGAGGUAAUUAAGAGGUGAGAUAUCAACCCAAGGUAUUAAAGGACAUCUAACUUUUCCAGAAAAAAA